CGUUACCCCCCCCCCCCCCGGCCGAUCAGCGAUCAGCUCCUCGGAAGCCUGGACGCCUUUCUGCUGCCCCUGGCCCCACUUGUGUGAUCCACCCAUCGACCCCCAGAUCCCAAUUCGACCUCCUUGCCCCGAGAUGCUGAAGCCGGCCUUGGAGUACAGAGGAGGCUUCUCCUUCGAGAACUGCCAGAGGAAUGUAGCUUUGGAAAGAGACCUUCCGGGACUCCAGGUCCCUCAUGCACGCAAGACUGGAACCACCAUCGCGGGACUCGUGUACCGAGACGGGGUCAUCCUGGGCGCGGAUACGCGGGCCACUAAUGAUUCGGUCGUGGCGGACAAGAGCUGCGAGAAGAUCCACUUCAUCGCCCCCAAAAUCUACUGCUGUGGGGCUGGAGUGGCUGCGGACGCCGAGAUGACCACGCGUAUGGUGGCGUCCAACAUGGAGCUGCACGCGCUGUCCACCGGCCGCGAGCCUCGGGUAGCCACCGUCACCCGCGUCCUGCGCCAGACGCUCUUCCGGUACCAAGGCCACGUGGGAGCAUCCUUGAUCGUGGGCGGUGUUGACCUGACUGGGCCGCAGCUCUAUGGCGUGCACCCCCACGGUUCUUACAGUCGUCUGCCCUUCACGGCCCUGGGCUCUGGACAGGAUGCAGCCUUGGCACUGCUGGAGGACCGGUUCCAGCCAAAUAUGACGAGCUGGCCGCUACCACUUUGCACCUGGAACCACAGCUGUCCUUACCCAGGAAGUGAGGCCCCUAAACCUGGAGCUCCUGGAGGAAACUGUGCAAGCCAUGGAAGUGGAGUAGAGUGGCCUGAGGCUUAGAGCUUGGAACAAGGGGGAAUAAAUCCAGGAGAUACAAACAGAACACUGUGUCUUGAGUGGAGCAGAACAAGCAGUCAUGGGGCUCUGUGACUAAGGUAUCCAUGCAAGAACCACUGCCUCCCACAGGUCCAAUUCCUGGCCUGAGGUGUGAAUCUCAGUCAUAGCCAAACUCCUAAACUUUCUAACUCCAGACAGAUCAUUCUCACCCCAACACCCCUGCUAUGAAAGACCCCAUGGUCAAUUCCUAUUCAGUGCCUUUACCUGGCUUAUCAGUGACCUAGGAAAAAGCCUCAUUCUAGGACAAAGGCACAUUCUCUAAAGAGAUUCUCCUGAAGACUAGACAUCCCUGGUGGCCCCCACUUGUGUUCCCCCUAACACAUUAUGAACAUUUUUAUAUACAACAGGAAAGUUAAAGGAAUUGCACACUGAACAUCCAUAUGUCCAAUAGACUUUACAAUUCA